GGGCGGCGCCGGGGAGGGCGCGCGGGGCUGCACGGCCGCCGGUCCCAGCAGGUGACCGCGGGCGAGCGGGCGUGCGUGCGGGGCCCCGGGCGCGAGCGAGGCGGGACGGCGUAGACGCGGCCGGCGCGCCAAAGUCGUCCAAGUUUUGCCGGAACAUGGCGGAGGAGUCCGGCCGGCGCAGCAGCGCUCCGAGCACGAGUGUCUGUAGCCGCUAGCGCCGCGGGGCGAGGUCGUCGCCAUGGCCCGUUGGAUCCCUACCAAGAGGCAGAAGUAUGGGGUUGCCAUCUACAACUACAAUGCAUCUCAAGAUGUGGAGCUCUCCUUGCAGAUCGGCGACACCGUCCACAUCCUGGAGAUGUAUGAGGGCUGGUACAGAGGAUACGCGCUCCAGAACAGAUCUAAAAAGGGCAUUUUUCCUGAGACAUACAUCCAUUUGAAAGAGGCAACCGUGGAAGAUGGAGGGCAGCAUGAGACCGUGAUUCCCGGGGAGUUGCCCCUGGUUCAGGAGCUCACAAACACGCUACGAGAAUGGGCCGUCAUCUGGCGCAAGCUCUAUGUGAACAACAAGGUCACACUAUUCCGCCAGCUGCAGCAAAUGACAUACAGUCUGAUCGAGUGGCGUUCCCAGAUCCUAUCUGGGACACUUCCCAAGGAUGAACUUGCAGAGCUGAAGAAGAAGGUCACAGCCAAAAUCGAUCAUGGGAACAGAAUGCUUGGACUGGAUCUGGUUGUGCGGGACGACAAUGGAAACAUUUUAGAUCCAGAUGAGACCAGCACUGUCGCCCUAUUCAGGGCCCAUGAAGUGGCUUCUAAAAGGAUAGAGGAAAAGAUCCAAGAGGAGAAGAGCAUUUUGCAGAACCUGGACUUGAGAGGCCAGGCAAUCUUCAGUACUGUCCACACCUAUGGGCUCUAUGUGAACUUCAAGAACUUUGUCUGUAACAUUGGGGAGGAUGCGGAGCUGUUCAUAGCCCUGUAUGAUCCAGACCAGUCCACCUUCAUCAGUGAGAACUACCUAAUUCGCUGGGGCAGUAACGGGAUGCCCAAGGAGAUCGAGAAGCUGAAUAACCUGCAAGCAGUGUUCACCGACCUCAGCAGCACAGACCUCAUCCGGCCACGCAUCAGCCUCGUGUGCCAGAUUGUCCGGGUGGGCCGCAUGGAGCUGAAGGAGGGCAAGAAGCACACCUGUGGGCUCCGGAGGCCCUUUGGAGUAGCAGUGAUGGAUAUUAGUGAUAUUGUACAUGGGAAGGUGGAUGAUGAAGAAAAGCAACAUUUUAUCCCCUUUCAGCAAAUUGCCAUGGAGACCUACAUCCGCCAGAGACAGCUCAUCAUGUCCCCCUUGAUAACCUCCCACGUGAUCGGAGAGAAUGAGCCACUCACGUCGGUCCUAAAUAAAGUCAUAGCUGCAAAGGAAGUGAAUCACAAAGGACAAGGUCUUUGGGUGUCCUUAAAGUUACUGCCAGGUGACCUCACACAGGUGCAGAAGAACUUUUCACACCUGGUGGACAGAUCAACAGCAAUAGCACGGAAAAUGGGCUUUCCAGAAAUAAUCCUGCCAGGGGAUGUUCGAAAUGAUAUUUAUGUCACCCUGAUCCAUGGGGAGUUUGACAAGGGGAAGAAGAAGACACCUAAAAACGUGGAGGUGACCAUGUCUGUGUUUGAUGAGGAAGGCAACCUUUUAGAGAAAGCCAUUCAUCCCGGUGCUGGGUACGAAGGCGUCUCGGAGUACAAGUCAGUGGUGUAUUACCAGGUCAAGCAACCCUGUUGGUACGAGACGGUCAAGGUCUUCAUUGCCAUUGAAGAGGUCACACGCUGCCACAUACGAUUUACCUUCCGACACAGAUCAUCUCAAGAAUCCAGAGAUAAAUCAGAGCGAGCCUUUGGGGUGGCCUUUGUGAAACUGAUGAACGCAGAUGGUACCACGCUGCAGGAUGGGAGGCACGACCUGGUGGUGUACAAGGGUGAUAAUAAGAAAAUGGAAGAUGCUAAAUAUUAUCUGACUCUGCCUGGGACCAAAGCAGAGCUGGAAGAAAAAGAACUCCAAGCGUCCAAAAACCCAUCCGUCUUCACACCCAGCAAAGACAGCACGAAGGACAGCUUUCAGAUCGCCACUCUCAUCUGCUCCACAAAGCUCACCCAAAAUGUGGACCUGCUAGGCUUACUAAACUGGCGUUCUAAUUCUCAGAACAUUAAGCACAACCUGAAAAAGUUAAUGGAAGUGGAUGGAGGAGAGAUUGUUAAGUUUUUACAGGACACACUAGACGCACUUUUUAACAUAAUGAUGGAAAUGUCAGACAAUGAAACAUAUGACUUCCUUGUGUUUGACGCUCUGGUCUUCAUCAUUUCGCUGAUAGGAGACAUCAAGUUUCAGCAUUUUAACCCUGUCCUCGAAACCUACAUUUAUAAGCACUUCAGCGCCACCUUGGCACACGUGAAACUCUCCAAGGUACUGAACUUUUAUGUGGCCAAUGCCGAGGACCCUAGCAAGACGGAAUUGCUAUUUGCUGCUUUGAAAGCCUUGAAGUACCUGUUCCGAUUCAUCAUCCAGUCUCGGGUACUCUACUUGAGGUUUUAUGGUCAGAGUGAAGAUGGAGAUGAAUUUAACGACUCAAUCCGCCAGCUGUUUCUUGCUUUCAACACGCUGAUGGACAGGCCUCUGGAAGAAGCUGUCAAGAUCAAGGGGGCAGCCUUGAAGUACCUUCCCAGCAUAAUUAAUGAUGUCAAACUGGUGUUUGAUCCCAUGGAGCUCAGCGUGCUCUUCUGCAAGUUCAUUCAAAGCAUCCCUGACAACCAGUUGGUGCGGCAGAAACUUAACUGCAUGACCAAGAUAGUGGAGAGCAGCCUUUUCCAGCAGGCAGAGUGCAGGGAAGUGCUGCUGCCGCUACUGACAGACCAGCUCAGUGGCCAGCUGGACGACCACUCAACCAAACCGGACCACGAGGCAAGCUCACAGCUUCUAAGCAACAUCCUAGAGGUGCUAGACAGGACGGAUGUGGGCCCCACUUCAGCUCACGUACAGCUGAUCAUGGAGAGGCUGCUGAGAAGGAUCAACCGGACCGUGAUUGGGAUGAGCCGACAGUCUCCUCACAUUGGCAGCUUUGUGGCUUGCAUGAUUGCCGUCUUACGACAAAUGGAGGACAGCCACUACAGCCACUACAUCAGCACCUUCAAAACCAGGCAGGACAUCAUUGACUUUCUCAUGGAAACCUUCAUUAUGUUUAAGGAUCUGAUUGGAAAGAAUGUGUAUGCCAAAGAUUGGAUGGUCAUGAACAUGACCCAGAACAGAGUUUUCCUCCGUGCCAUCAAUCAGUUUGCUGAGGUUCUCACCAAGAGCUUCAUGGACCAGGCAAGCUUUGAACUUCAGCUCUGGAACAAUUACUUCCAUUUGGCUGUAGCUUUUCUCACCCACGAGUCCCUCCAGCUUGAAACCUUCUCAGAAGCCAAGCGCAACAAAAUUGUGAAAAAAUAUGGGGACAUGAGAAAAGAAAUUGGCUUCAGGAUCCGGGACAUGUGGUAUAACCUGGGGCCACACAAAAUCAAAUUCAUCCCAUCCAUGGUGGGUCCCAUUCUGGAAGUCACUCUGACCCCUGAAGUGGAGCUCCGUAAAGCCACGAUCCCCAUUUUCUUUGAUAUGAUGCAGUGCGAGUUCAAUUUGAGUGGAAAUGGCAACUUCCACAUGUUUGAGAAUGAGUUGAUCACAAAGCUGGAUCAGGAAGUGGAAGGUGGCCGAGGAGACGAACAAUACAAGGUUCUUCUGGAAAAGCUACUCUUAGAGCAUUGCCGGAAACAUAAAUACCUCGCGAACUCUGGGGAAGCCUUUGCCUUCCUGGUCAGCAGCCUCUUGGAGAACCUGCUGGAUUACAGAACGAUCAUCAUACAUGAUGAGAGCAAGGAGAACCGCAUGAGCUGUACAGUGAACGUCCUGAAUUUCUAUAAAGAUAAGAAACGAGAGGACAUAUACAUACGGUAUUUAUACAAGCUUCGGGAUUUGCACAGAGACUGUGAGAACUACACAGAAGCUGCCUAUACACUCCUCCUACAUGCUGAGCUUCUGCAGUGGUCGGACAAGCCCUGUGUGCCCCAUUUGCUGCAGAGGGAUAGUUACUAUGUUUAUACCCAGCAGGAGCUUAAAGAGAAACUGUAUCAAGAGAUCAUAUCCUAUUUUGAUAAAGGCAAAAUGUGGGAGAAAGCCAUCAAACUGAGCAAGGAGUUGGCGGAGACCUACGAGAGCAAAGUGUUUGACUACGAGGGCCUAGGCAGUCUCUUGAAAAAAAGAGCCUUGUUUUACGAGAACAUCAUUAAGGCCAUGAGGCCCCAGCCUGAAUACUUUGCUGUGGGAUACUACGGACAGGGCUUCCCUUCCUUCCUGCGGAACAAAAUCUUUAUCUACCGGGGUAAGGAGUAUGAGAGGCGGGAAGACUUCAGCUUGAGGUUGCUGACCCAGUUCCCCAAUGCUGAGAAGAUGACCAGUACCACACCACCAGGAGAAGACAUCAAGUCAUCCCCAAAGCAGUACCUGCAGUGCUUCACGGUAAAACCUGUGAUGAGCUUGCCGCCCAGCUACAAGGACAAACCGGUUCCAGAGCAGAUCUUGAACUACUACAGAGCCAACGAAGUGCAGCAGUUCAGCUAUUCCCGGCCAUUCCGGAAAGGAGAAAAAGACCCAGAAAAUGAGUUUGCCACCAUGUGGAUUGAAAGAACCACGUACAGAACGGCCUAUACCUUCCCUGGGAUCCUCAAGUGGUUCGAAGCCAAGGAGAUUUCAGUAGAAGAAAUCAGCCCUUUGGAGAAUGCCAUAGAAACCAUGGAGCUGACCAACGAGAGGGUCAGCAACUGCGUGCAGCAGCACGCCUGGGACCAUUCUCUCUCUGUGCACCCGCUCUCCAUGCUGCUCAGCGGCAUAGUGGACCCAGCUGUCAUGGGGGGAUUCUCCAACUACGAAAAGGCUUUUUUUACAGAAAAGUACUUACAAGAGCAUCCCGAGGACCAGGAGAAGGUGGAGCUGCUCAAGCGACUGAUUGCCUUACAAAUACCUCUGCUUACGGAAGGGAUCCGCAUCCACGGGGAGAAGCUGACGGAGCAGCUCAAGCCGCUGCAUGCCCGGCUAUCUUCGUGCUUCCGUGAACUCAAGGAGAAAGUAGAGAAGCUGUAUGGAGUCAUAACGCUGCCACCCAGCAUGACAGAGAGGAAGCCAAGCCGUGCAGGCUCGAUGGUACUGCCCUACAUCCUGUCCUCCACGCUGCGCAGGCUGUCUGUCACCUCUGUGGCCUCCUCGGUGAUCUCCACCUCCUCCAACUCUUCUGACAAUGCAUCGUCCAGGCCAGGAUCGGAUGGGUCCAUCCUGGAACCCCUGUUUGAACGCAGAGCUUCAUCGGGUGCCAGAGUUGAAGAUCUGCCACCCAAAGAAGACAGUGAGAACCGGAUUAGCAAGUUCAAGAGGAAAGACUGGAAUCUGAGCAAAUCACAAGUCAUUGCAGAGAAGGCUCCAGAACCUGAUGUGAUGAGCCCAGGCAAAAAAACACAAAGGCCAAAGAGUCUCCAGUUGGUGGACAGCCGGCUGACACCAUUCCACAGUCCCUCGCCUCUGCAGUCUACAGCCUUGAGCCCACCCCCACUCACUCCCAAAGCCACGAGAACCCUAAGCUCCCCAUCUUUGCAGACAGAUGGGCUGACGGCUUCUGUCCCUCCUCCACCUCCCCCCAAAAGCAAACCGUAUGAGAGCAGUCAGAGGAACUCGGCUGAGAUUGCUCCCCCACUGCCUGUCCGGAGAGACUCCAAAGCCCCACCUCCACCCCCUCCAAAGGCUCGGAAAUCAGGCAUCCUCUCUUCUGAGCCAGGCUCUCAGUGAGGCAGUCACCCUGACUUUGCACCUCCGAGUGCCUUGGACCACUGCUGCCUGAGAAUGGCGCCCAGGAAGGGCGGCCUGUGGAGCAGGGCUCCCUGCCAGCGCUGCUUCCUGCACUGAGACGGCGAACGCUGAGUCCCAUCCCCUUCAGCCCGUGGAACGUCCAGAACUGGCCAUCUGUCUGCAUGAACAAACCUUUCCCAUGGUGGCAUGCUGGGCUCAACCACUAACUUGUUAGGCCUGCAGAUGCCCCUGCCUGUGGUGACACAGGGACAGUGGAGAGGGGGACAGCCCCUGCACUGAUGCCUGUGUGGAUUUCUCACUUAGCUUCUGGACAGCUGUGCUGAAGACUUCUUCCUUCUCUUCUGCCUGCAUCCCUGACAUGUACAACCUCCUGAAAGUGCCAGAUACUAAGUACACUCCAGGAGCCACAUGGUUCUCUCUCCCUAAAGUCUACUGUCUCCUUUGAGGGAAAGAGCCCACGUGCAUAGUUGGGGUGGGCCACUCUCAGGUGUGGAUGCCUUCUCUGGAGAUACCGCAGGCUCACAUUCUGACAUUCUCCUGACAAAUGGCCCACACCACACAGCAGUCACUUGCUAUGCCUUGGAUUCCAUGGAAGCUCUUUGGUACUUGUUUUUCAUCUUCUUCCUUUGAGCUCAAAUCCUGGGCUCUAAGGGUUCCUAGGAGCCUGGGCUCUACUGGCUACAUUUCCAGACCCUGUUGGAUUGACGAGGUGGUCCCUGUCUGCUACUUGAUUUUACCCUGGAGAGUACAGUGCAAUAUGAUUAUUUAUUCCUCUUGAUCAUAGAGUGAAUUUUAUUGAUUACUCGUGGUACUAGUGCCCAUACUCCUUUCAGAAGGAAAAAUUAGGGUGACUUGGAAGUCCAAAUAUUAUGUCAACAUAAAUGACCACAAGAUGUUAUCAAUGCUUUGAGUUAGAUGGGUUUUUAAAUACACACACACACACACUCACCUCAUUUUGCAGGUAAAGACAUUGAGGCUUCACACAAAAAGUGGACUAUAGGCUUUUACUAACAAGCCCAGCUUGCUCACAUAUGACAUACCCCAAGAUAACAUCUCUAACAAGGUCUUGACUGCCUAGCCCCAGUGAAGAUGGUAUUUGAAAAGUCCCAGAUAGUUCUUUUUUUUUUCCAUUUUUUAUUAGGUAUUUAGCUCAUUUACUGUCCCAGAUAGUUCUAACAGACUUGAGUGUUAUUGGCAAAACUGAAAGCUUUCUGGCUAUGACUUGGAUAUGCCCUGGGCAUUCUCGAAUCUCUCCAAUGGCCUUGCCCUGAGUCUUUUCUUCCAAGUUCAAGUGAACAGGAGGAUUCAAGCAUUUGCAUACCCGCCUCUUCACGUCUUUGCUAAGGGGGAUGCAAGAUGCCCCUGGUUCAUCACAGCCAUCAGAGGAGCAAAAUACAGAGGCAUGCCUGGCACAGCACUAGAAAAGUUAGUAUACACACCCCAGAAAGCCACAAGAGUCUCUUUACUUCCAUGAUGGAGCACCCAAUGCAGCCAUGGAAAGCACACGGGCUCUGAAAUGGUCUCAAAGCUCCCGUGUCACCAUAAGAUUUGCACUUGAAAAUCUGAGUGUUUGUUUUCUCACUUUUCAAAGUGGGGGAUAGUCCCUCCCACAUGGGUGGUUGUGGGGUGCAAUUAAGGUUUGGAACGGGGUGUGCAUCAGUGACUUUCUUCUCUCUGCUAAGGUAAGGUCUGAUACGGUUUGGUUUUUCUUCAGGGUAUAUGAGGUUGAAUUCAGAUAUGCAUCUUCCCUAAAAAAAAGAAGGCAGCCUGGGGCACCAUUUGCACGGAAGGGUUAAUAAGAGUUGAAGAUUAUUUUAAGUACAAAGAACCAGGCCCUGGUGUGAAGAAGGAGGGAAGGAACCAGAAGGGUGCUAGAGGGUUUCCAGGGAGCUUGGGACUUCUGAGAAGACCCUAGCAGGCUGGUGAAAAAGGACUCGAAGAUGUCACCUUGCUUUGCAGGCCGCCAUUGAAAACCUGGGUGGGAAAAGAACCAAAUCCUCUGCCUCUUCUUGCAGUGACAGUAGCAGGGGUGAGUCCUCAACCAGUGAACAGUAGCAGGGGUGAGUCCUCAACCAGUGAACAGUAGCAGGGGUGAGUCCUCAACCAGUGAACAGUAGCAGGGGUGAGUCCUCAACCAGUGAACAGUAGCAGGGGUGAGUCCUCAACCAGUGAACAGUAGCAGGGGUGAGUCCUCAACCAGUGAACAGUAGCAGGGGUGAGUGAGUCCUCACCCUGGUCUCUGAGCAGAGCUGGGCCUAUUGGUGCCUAGAUGUGCCAAUCCCUUCUUGUCAGGCAUUUUCCUGUGAUUCCCUUUCCAUAGUCAUGAAAAUAAUAGCUUUCAGCUGCCCCAACGCAAAGGACUCUGGGUGAUGGCGUAGGUAGGUGCUGGUUUACAAGGCCCUGGCAGAAUAACCUCUUUGGGAAGGUGUCUUAGGGCUUCUAUUGUUAUGAUUAGCUUGUAUCAAGUUGUCAUAAAAACUACCUGGCCUGAAGCUAUGGAUGAAGGAGUUAACUUGAUUAAAAGAAGAAUCACUAUCAGUACUAAAGUUGAAGACUUCAAUGCCGUUUAAAUACAGACAGGACAAGAAGAGGGGGACAGAAGAACCAGUCUUUAUUGCCCUUGCUAAGAUCUCUGAGGUAUUGAAAGGCACUGAAAUCUGUCCUGAGAUUGUCACAGUCUUUAUGAAUGAAUAUUGAUUGAUGGCUUGUGACUCCGUGAUAUUGUUACAUGUCUCUCUCUUUUCCUUCUUUCCCUCUCUGCCAUGACGACUUCUCUUACUUUGAGGUUUUUUUUUUUUCUUUUAAAGAAAGAUUUCCUUCAGUAUACACUUGCUGAGGGCCAGGCACAGUUCUAGCCCCUUGGUACAUUCAAUAGAAACAGCCUGCUAUACAAUUCACGCUAGUGUGCUAUAGGAUCAGAAAGUCAGGAGUGUACGGCAAAGCAGCCUGCCGGAAUCAGGCUGCUUGGCGGUGGGCGGCCUCCUCCCUCUACCUCCACCCCUUGCUUGACUCCAGAAAUGAAGUCAUCUCUCCAGCCAGAGAAAUCAUACAGUUAGCCACACUGCAGAUCCCCUGGGUAAAACAAGGCGUGUCACGGGAGCUGAGAUGGGACAAUGGCCACCUUGUCACUGCUUUCCAAGUCGAGUCUUUCCCUUCCAGGUGCUUCCAGAUCGAGGGGCAGGUUUUGCAGAUUACAUAUCACGAGGACACAAAGCACAGGAGUGCGGACAAAGACGUCACUAGAUAGGAGACAUACAGGUGACCUUUUCUCAGACAGACAUGAGUCCCAUAUCCCAGAAAGUGCCUGAGUGCCUGCAGCACCAUUCUGUAAAACGGACUUGGGAGGUCCUUCUGAGUUUGUGUCUCUAUCCCUCACACUUCUCAGGUAUAAUAAAACGGGCCUUAGACCCUCCCAUCAACACAAGACGGUGGAGAUGGUAUCCCAUGCCCCCAGUUCACUUCCUUACGUAUUUGAGACUGCAUGGGUGUGGCCAGGUCUUUUCUGCCCUGGCCUCCUUUAUUCUAAGGAAACCAAAGUGAGAUUUCUGUCCAAAGGCUUUUGCUCUAGGAACUGGAAUCCACAUUUCUCAUCCUUACUGGUGCUUUGAGCCUCCCAUGCCUGGAUAGAAUGAUCAAAAGCUUUGUGAAUGUUAAUGAGUCUAGCAUCUAUUUUUGAGGCAUUGGUACAAAUUGUCCUAAUUCUCGCAGCGGCCUCUGGAUAGCUAUCUUCAGAAUCACUAACCUAGGCUGCUGAGCCCAGAUCUCCAGCUCCUCACUCGGGAUCAGACUUCCCUUGUGUACUUCGGGGCAGUGGAUGACUACUGUUUUCUUGGACAUUUUUAUUCCUCCAUAAGUAUGUUAUUCAGAAUUUUAAGUCAGAAGUGCUGAAGGUGUAGCUCACUUGCUUAUUAGCUCAUGUGAGGGUCCUGGGUUCUAUUCUUGGUCCAGCUAAAGGAAUGAAAAUUGGCAAACGUGAAGGAUCUCUUUGGGUGGGUUCAGAGUCAAGCCAUCAGUUGUUAGCUGCGAAAGAAAUGGUUUUCCUCUUGAGGUCUUUACCUCUAGCUGACUCUUCAGACCCCCACAGGCAUGCCUGAGCUCAUCUAAGUUGCCUCUUGCUCACCCUGUCACAAUUCCUUCACCAUGAGUUUAUAACUUACUGGGUUUCAUACAUGGACAGUUAGGAAGAUGUGUGUUGAAGAGUUUUGUUCAUAUUUGCUGUUAUUUAUUUUGUAAAUUAAACAUGGAAAUGUAUUUUAAAAGUUUAUUUUGUGUUUAGCUGGUUAUUGUUCUUAGAUGAAUAAAAUGAGAACAUGGAGUUUAUGGCUUUUCCCUACUGACAGCUCCUCCAAGACACUUCACCCUCAGGAGCCCUCUGCUCAUUUCAUUAAAGGAGCCUGUUGAGAUGUCUACUGUGGGAUCUUGGUGUCUGUCUUACCCAGAACUAAUAAAAUCUGCAGUUUGUUCCUUUC